UGUGAUUUUUCAGAUUUUAACUUUCAAAUAGGUACUUAUUUUACCUCAGCGGUUCGGGUUAUUACGACUAGUUUUUCAGCUGUCCUACCGAUACUGAUACAGGUAGUUAUUAAUUUUAUUUUUAAAUUAGGUUAGGCGGCUUUGUAAUGGAGGCUGAUGAAGCUUUGCAACGUGAAAUCCCCUCCUCUAGCGAAACGAGUGGUAAGAGAAAGGAUAACGUCACCGACGAUGAAUACGCAAAAGGGAUGGCAAAAGUCAAAGCGGAAUACCUGCUCGUCAAUUAUGUUAGACAACUCGAUCCGUCCUACCUUAGCGUCGAAGACAGGCAGAAGCUGGAAAACGACAAUAAGGCGCCAAACCCCGAGGAAUCCACUGCGGUGGCGGAGGGGAAAAAGCCAAAACUGAAAGGACGAAAUAAACGGCGUGCCGGGAAUAUCUUUCGCGAAGGGCUGAAAAUGUGUUCGUUCCUGGUUCGUCAGGCACCCUGUCCAUUUGGGGACAAGUGUCGAUACAGCCAUAGCGUUGAGGAUUAUUUAAAGCAGAAGGAACCUGAUAUUGGUGAUCAGUGUCCGAACUUCGUGAAGAAUGGCUCGUGUCCAUAUGGCUUCACAUGCCGAUUCGCCAAGGCGCACGCGCAGAUGGACGACGAUGCAAUUCUUUCGAGGACCGCAUCCGAGGGAAAUUCUGUGCGGAAUGUGAUUUCCGACGAAAUUAACGGCAUGUCGAGGGAGCUGCAGACUUUAUUACGGAAAAGAAAAUUUGAAUUUUGUGAUGCGAGGAGAAGAUCGGCGAAACUGAAGAAUGAAGUCAUUGAUAACGAUGUUGAAAUUAUCCGUACCGAUGCAGAAAUUAAACCUGUGGGAUGUGUCACCGACGAAGGGGAAAUUCGUUUACGAUCAGCCGAAAGGAAAACAGUGGAUUUUCGGGAUAAAUUGUACUUGUCUCCUUUAACGACUGUCGGUAAUCUUCCCUACAGGCGCAUUUGCAAGCGCUUGGGCGCAGAUAUCACCUGCGGAGAAAUGGCCUUAGCCGGCAAUCUGCUGAGUGGACAGCAGAGCGAAUGGGCUCUUAUGGUGCGGCAUCAGAGCGAGGAUAUUUUUGGCGUACAGGUAUGUGGCAGCAAACCGGAUAUGAUGGAAAAGUUGGCUUAUUUGCUAAAAUCAGAAGUGUCAGUGGAUUUUGUGGAUAUUAAUUCUGGAUGUCCGAUUGAUCUGGUGUGCAACAGUGGCAGCGGAUGCGCAAUGAUGGGACGGCUGCAGCGAAUGGAAGGCGUCGUACGGAAUAUGUCCAGUGUUCUGGAUGUUCCUUUGACGGUGAAAAUGCGGACAGGAAUUAGUGACAAUAAAAACAUUGCUCACGAGAUAAUUCCGAAAGUUUAUGACUGGGGAGCUAGUAUGAUUGCCCUGCAUGGACGGUCAAGAGAUCAGCGAUAUACUCGACUGGCAGAUUGGGAUUACAUUGCCAGGUGUGCCGAAAUUGCCAGCCCACGGCCACUUUUUGGCAAUGGCGACUGCAUGAACUUCGAAGAUUAUUAUGAUCACAUGGAAAACACGAAGAUUGCCGGUAUCCUUAUCGCGCGUGGCGCACUUAUUAAACCCUGGAUCUUCACGGAAAUCAAGGAGCGCCGACACUGGGAUAUAUCCGCCAAUGAGCGGUUCGAUAUUUAGGAUUACGCCCGGUACGGAUUGGAACACUGGGGCUCCGAUACGAAGGGCGUAGAGAACACGCGGAGAUUUCUGUUAGAAUGGAUGUCGUUUACGCAUCGCUACAUUCCGGUGGGCAUUUUGGAGAGGAUUCCGCAGCGAAUUAAUGAACGCCCACCAUAUUAUCAGGGCCGGUCGGAUUUGGAGACCUUGCUGAGUUCAGCUCAUUGCCGGGACUGGAUUAAGUUAAGUGAAAUGCUGCUGGGCCCGGUGCCGGAUGGGUUUACGUUUUUACCAAAGCAUAAAGCCAACGCUUGGAAAUGAUAUUUUGCUGAUUGUGAACGAGCAUCUGGUGCAUUUGUUGAAAAGGUCAUAUCUUGUUAUACUUACAUGAUUGUCCGUUUGACACCGUUAUUUAUUUUCUGGAAGUUGAGUUCCAAAUGUACGAAAUUCGUGGAGCUAGUGCACUGCAAGUUUGUUUUUGGUCUGUCUCGAUGACGGAUUAUGCGACAGCUUCUUGCUGUUGUAAACCUGCGGCUUUAAAAUUUGAUGGUGCAGUGCAACCUUGAAUUGUCUGUGUCAGUAUCAUUCAAAUGAGUGAUGCUGAUACCGUAAUAAUAUGUUAUGCAAGUUGCAGAGAAUUUGCGGCUUGAUUUGGGUCGAUGUACGCGAGCUUAAAUAGUUACAAUGCAU